ACUGUUCGAUCAGCUGGCAAUCGGUGGGCGGCACCGGCGGAGCGAGCGUCGCUCUCCCCGAACGUUGUCGGCACCGACGCGACGCGGGGCCGCACCAGUUUGGCCCGGGGUGUGCGCACGGGGCGACGCGACUCCACGAAACGGGCAGUGACGGGAUUGCGUCGAAGGCGACGGGACGACGCUGGCCAGGAGGCACGUCUCGGCCGUGGCGCUGGUAGUGUAGGUGAGCUAUUUCUGCCCCGUGAAUCUUACCAAAUUUUGAACCAAUUUGACGCUCCUAGACUUAAUUUGAUUGAUCGAACGCUUUGUUUUUCUGCUGGUGAAUUAUUUAUGCAUCAAGUCUGGAAAAUACUUUUCCGCGGCGGACCAGACUCAUCUCACCACAGCAUCAGAGCGACUGCAAGCGAGACGAGCGCGUGACUCCCUCAUCGAUACACGGCGGUCCCUUGGCACCCUGCCAGGGCGAGGCGAGGGCCGUCCUCAACCGCAAUGAUGGCGAACUACUGCAGCUGCUCCUACUGUGACCUUUGUUGACCUUUGGAAGCCGCCAGUUGACAUUUAGAGAUCAGUGCUACUUGAAGGUGUACUGGAGGCUCAAACACUCCAGCAGCUACUGGUGUCGGUCGCACUGAUCAGUAUGCUCCAGUGACAGAAAAAAAUAACAGUGAAGUGAAGAGUGAGCAAGCUCGACCACGAGUGACUCGAGUGACAUCUGCAUCCUGCACACCACGGUUUACCGUCCAGGUGACUUCUGGUGACCACGAGUGACUCGGUGACGUCUUCACACCGCCGUCUGAGAGCGCUAUCCAGGAGGCGACUUUGUCUGACGUGAUCUCGCUGGAGGACAUGGAGGACAGCAUGGACGCCGGCUUCCUGGCCGACCUGCCGAAGGACGGUGGUGCGCUGGCCGCUCUGGAGCGUCUGGACACGCCGCCGCCGACUCCCAUCUUCCUCUCGGAGCUGGAGAGCUCGCCACUCUCGUCCGCCGGCCUGGAGUCGCCGCUGGGAGAUUCUGAGCUGGAGCCUCCCGGUGCCGACCAGGACACGAUGACAAUGGAUGACCUGCUGAACUCCUGCGGCGUCAGCUGCGACGCCUCUGUCGACAGCCCGCUGCUCUCCUCUCUGGACCUGAUGUGGGGCGCCAGCCCGACCCCGGCGCUGACAGCGGCCACGACGGCGGCGCCCACCCCGUCUCCGGCUCCGGCACACACCCCCUCCUCGGCGCCCAGGACCCCGGAGCCCUCGGCGGCACCGGCGGGGAUGAGGUCCCAGGGCCAGGAGAAGUCGGCAGGGGACCGGCCGGCGCCGCCCACUCCGGAGCAGCAGCUGCAGGCCGAGGUGCAGCGGCUGCACCGGCAGCAGCGGCAGGAGGAGGCCACCAAGCAGCUGCUGGAGCGGCAGCUGCAGCAGCUGCAGAAGCAGCAGCUGAUCCAGCAGCGGCAGGACCAGCAGCAGCAGCAGCUGCUUAUCAAACAGCAGAAGCAGGCGCAGCGGCAGCAGCAGCGGCAAAAGCAGCACCUGCACUGGCAGCAGCAUCAGCUGCAGCAGCGGCAGACGAAGCAGCAACAGCAACAACAGCAGCGCGCGCAGCAGCAGCACCGGCUUCGGCUGGAUGAUAGCAGUGCAAAGUCUUCAGCAUCAACAUCAUCGUCGACAGCGUCGAGCCACCAGCGCGGUCCGGCCAAGGUGCGUCGGAAGACGCGUGUCAUCACGAUCCCCAGCUCAGCCGGGCCUACGACGGUGACUGUCCCGCACAUCGUCAUCUGUACGCCGAGCAUCAUCAACUCUCGACCGUCGGCCACAUCACUGCCGGUUACCUUCUCUGUGCAGGACCGGCAGACGGCGGCGGCGCGGGUGACGGCUCGUCCCACGGUCACGUUUAGCGCCAGGGAGCAGGGUCGACCUCUGGGCGUUGGUCUGGGAGUCGGUGUACGGCGCCGAGUGGUGGGUCGCGCCGCGCCCGGCUCCGUCCCCAUCGCCAAACGGUACUCGGUGGAGUCGUCACCCAGCUCACCGGAGACGCCGCCCUGCUCACUGCUGAGGAUACCUAGUCGGAAGCCGGUGCUGAAGGUGACCACGGCCACGCAGACGGGCGAGGCGGUGGACGAGGUGUUGCGGAACAACGACUCGACGUUGAUCCGCCUGCUAGUCACCGGGCAGGACCUCACCAACGGCUACAAACUCUGUCCGGACGGUCAGUGUCUGACGCCGGAGCGGCAGCCGGCGCCGCCGUCCCUGUUCGCCGGCCUGCCGGACCGGGGAUCGUCCGUGCUGCUCUCUAUGCUCUCCCACGACGACGAGCCGCAGCUCCCGGCCCUCUUCCCAUCGGAGACGGCCGGCCGCCUGCUCGACGACCCGCUCUGACGCUAGGCGGCGCUAGGGGCGCGGCGGUAGUUGUAGGUGGCGCUAGUGUAGUCGUGUGCGAGUGCGGUAGCGCUGUAGCUGGGCCGGGCGGCGCGGCUGCGGUCAGUCCUGCACGGACUGUGGUCUGUGCAGAAGUACGGCCGAAGCUGGAACACCGCUGUUUUGACUCAGAUCUGGCUGCCUGCGUGGUGGUCAACAGUAUUGGUCAGGGCCUAGCCCUCGUGACGACUUUGAGCACCCCACUCCCGCCGUCAUCUGCGUAUAUUUGGUGUCGCCACGUCUCCGAUCGCACCCGCCGUCUCGUGCGUCUCACCACUCACAAAUAGCCGAGAGUACGACCGCAAUAAUGUCCUGAACAAACGUAGGUACAAAUGCCGCCGGGUGACGCCGAGAGUCCUCACUGUGCACUCCGAGAUCCCCACGAUACGAUGAGCGUGCGAGCCUGUCCGCCCGCCUGCUGCCCAACCCAUGUGACCCGCCGACAAUCAAAACCCUUCUGUCUCUUCGUGUGUCCCCUGUAUGUGUGAAUAGGAGGCCCUCGGCUGCGUGUGCUGCACGGCCUGGCGCUCUGGCUCCCCAUUUGUUCCCGUUGGGCGCUGUCAGUCAGUGGUCGCCCAGUGCACCCCUCCCCCUCCCGCUCUGUUCGUCCCGCGUGCAGGGCAGCCGCCACCCGUCAGUGUUCGCUCUGGGGUCGGGUGAUAGGGUACUGGACUGCCUGGGGGAGGGAAAGUGGCAGGGCUGUUCGUUCAGGUUCAGGAAAAGUGUCUGUGAGACGUUGUUGUUGGUGCCGAGAGCGGAGCGUUGUGCCGUUAUGCUGCCUGGUGUGCUAUGUAGUCGCGAUUGUGGCGUCAUCUAGGUGGAUUCGAGUUGCGUGUGCUGCCACCUAUCAGGUUGGCCGCUGUACUGAGCCGGGCCGACCGCGGCACACCGGAUCGGGUGGGAGGUGCUGCCGCCUAGCGGUGAUGGGCUGGAUCAGUUUGCGUGUUGAUUCAGUCGCCUCACUGCUUAUGACAAUAUUGCAUCAUUGAAUGAGGGUAAAACCCGCCCACCUUGAUCAUUUUUGCAAUAACUAAAAAUAAAACUAUUGACGUCGAC